AUGGCAAAAGCAGAAUUAGGAACGGCGAAAUAUCAAUCAAAGAAAUUAAAAGCAUCAGGAUUACAAAAACUUAAAUUUUAUUGUCAACUUUGUCAAAAACAAUGUCGAGAUUCAAAUGGUUUUAAAAAUCAUCUUUCUUCACCUUCUCAUCAAGGUAAAAUUUCACAAAUUCAAUUGCUGGGAGAAUCAAAUAAAUUAAUUGAUAAUUAUUCAGAUCAAUUUAUUAUUGAUUUUCUUCGAUUAUUAAAAUUAAAUCAUGGUACAAAAUUUAUAAAUGCAAAUAAAUUUUAUCAAGAAUAUAUUAGAGAUAAAGAUCAUGUUCAUAUGAAUUCAACAAGAUGGAGAACUUUAACUUCAUUUGUUAAAUAUUUGGGUAAAAAUGGUAAAGUUAAAGUUAAAACAAAUAUUGAUGAUGAUGACGAUAAUGAUGUUGAUGACGAAGGGUUUAAUUUAGAGAUUAGAUUUAUCGAUCCACAAGAAACACUAAAAUCAUUACUGGAAAACAAAACUUAUGAUGAUGGUCAAGAAGAAGAAGAAAAACUAUUACUAAGGCAAAUCAAAAAGGGCAAGAAAUUAGAAGAACAAGAAACUACUAAUGAUCAACCUAUUAAACCACCUAGUGUUUCUGGACCUAUAAAACUUAGUCUAAAGAAGAAAGCACCAGCUAAAAAGAAGUUGCAAAAUGCAUUUGAUUCAGAGGAGUAG